AUGUCGGGUCCGCUUGCGACGAUUGGCAACUUGGCCUCCAGACACGCCGUGAUGGCCUCCGUACGUCAUGAGUCUCUCGACCGCGAGGACCGCGAAGAUGCUCCAUUCCUCGACUCCCCCGAUCCAAAUACCCCGGGCUCAGCCCAGUUCCAUAUACCUUCCAGGCCCAGUAUAGGCAGUCGCACAGCGGAGGCCAAUGCCUCCGCCAGCGCCAUUACAUUUCGCUUGAAGCUGAUCAUGUUCGCCAUGAUCCUCGCCGUUGAAGUCGGCUUCGCUUUCCUGGAGGGACCCAUGGUGCGGAUCAUGGAGUCUAUCGCAUGCCGCCAGUACUUCCUGGAUGUCGAUCCGACUAAGAUCGGCGCAGAUGGACAGGUACCGGAGGCGAUGUGCAAGGUCGGCGAGGUGCAAGCUGAAUUGGCGGCUGUCAAAGGGUACCAUGUUUUCUUUGAUGGGACACUGAGUGCUCUUCUGGCAAUUCCUUACGGUCUGCUGGCAGACCGUCAUGGCCGCAAAUCUACACUCGUUUUGUCCCUUCCUGGGUUUGGGCUGAAUGCUUUGUUAACCCUAGUUAUCCUGUGGUUCUCGGAUACCUUUCCCUUGCGUGCGCUUUGGUUCACGGCCCUAACAUGGAUAUUGGGAGGUGGUCCUGUCGUAUCUUUUGCGAUUAUCUGGACGAUGAUGGCUGAUGUAACCAAUGAGGCGCAAAGAGCGGGAAUUUUCUUCCAAUUUGCCAUCGUAUCUAUGGGCGCCGACUUUGUUACAAGCGCUUUCAGUUCUUACUUGAUGACCUUGAAUCCAUGGAUCCCCUUAGUGAUCGGGUUCGCAAUUGUAAUGGCUGGCAUGAUGCUCAUUUUGGUGCUCCCAGAGACAAAACAUGCACUGCCAUUCCAUCCAGCAGCACCAACGCAUGUCGAGCUGUCCGACCUGACAGAUGGCACUCGUCCAAACCAUUCGCUACCUAAGCACGAGGAUCCAGAACCACUCCACGAGGAAGCCGACAUGAAUGGUGAGCAUUUGGACAAACCUCCAACUUGGAGUAUUCCAUCAUACUCUCACAAAUCUUUUAUGGAAAAGUUCCACGCCAAUUACCGCUUCUAUCUGAAGCCUUAUUUGUUCAUCCUCGGCCGGAAACCUGUGCUCCUUCUCCUUACUGCAUUCCUAGUCUACCGCCUUAGCCGAGGCUCCUCAUGGUUCCUGGCCCAAUAUAUAUCAAUCCGUUAUUCAUGGACACUGGCAGAGUCCAAUUUCCUGGUGGCUUGUCGCCCAAUCGUGUCCAUCCCGUUGUUCCUCUUCGGCCUACCUUACCUCAAAAGGCAUGUCCUUAACCCACACCACUCAUCAACCAAGAAGGACCUCUGGCUCGCACGACGCAGUAUUUUCUGCCUUACAGUAGGGACCCUUGGAAUUGGUCUCUCCCCCUCCAUUGCAGCCUUGAUCCCCAGCAUGAUCAUCCAGUGCUUAGGAUCAGGCUUCGUUUUCCUGACUCGCUCGAUAAUCACCACGCUGGUUGAACGUGAUGAAACCGCUCGCUUGUUUACUGCAAUUGAGAUUAUCCAGGCAGUGGGAAAUGUUUUUGCCAGUCUAUCCAUCACGACCGUCUUCCAAAUUGGAUUGCGUCUUGGCGGGUUCUGGAUUGGUCUGGCGUGGAUGAUGACCAGUACAUUGUUCUGCGUAGUCGGUGUUGCUAUCUGGAUAUUUAGACUACCUCCUGAUUCUCCAAUGCCUGAAUUUGUUGUGGAGGAUUAUGACGAGGAUGGCAGGGUGUGA